GACAGAUAGUUUUGGACAAUUUUUAGGUUAGGUUCGUCGAAAAAAGGGGGCCAAAAAUUAUAAAUUUAAAGGACUCCCGACUCUUAAUUAUUCAAGAAAAGUGAUGCAAAGAUGUCUUCAAACGCCAUAAAAUCAAUAAAAUCUUUGGGUGUCUUUCAAAAACCAACCAUUUUCGAUAAAGGCCCUGGAGCUUUACUACCUGCAGCCUACAAGAAAUUUUACAAAGAAUGGCGUUCCACUGAACCGUCAGCAGUUCACUACAUCCCCGAACAAGGCAAAUGGAAACGAGACGAAGUUACUGGAGAAGUGAAUCCUGUACAAAACAUCCCUGUGCCACUAUUCUAUCCUAAAGAACAUAACAGCCAUUUUUGGGGCGGUGAAGGAGUAGUACAAGGUUUCCAAGCUCGUAGCAGGAACACCCGAAGGGUACCUCAUUUUUGGGUUCCUGUAUUAAAACGUUCCGUAGUUCACAGUGAGGUUUUGAAUGAAUAUUUUUCUAUAAUUGUUACCGAGAGAACCAUACGGCUUAUAAAUGCUAAUUAUGGCUUUGAUCAUUAUUUACUAAAAACCCCAGCUUGUGAUUUGAAAUCUCUACUGCCUUUGGGAUUGAAAAGGAAAAUUUUGAAGGAGCUCGAAGCAGGUUGCCCUAAUGUGAACGAAGAAAAACGACAGGAAAUUUUGCAGAAGUAUGGCAAAUACUUAGAAGCCUAUACUUCUGAAGAGAUUGAUUGGUACGGAUAUUCAUUUUCUGAAGCAUGUAGAAGAAUAGAAAAACAAAUGGAAGAACAACAAACUGUGGUGCCGUUGAAACAUGUUUAUAGGUCUCAAUUAAUUGAUAAACUCCGAGCAGCUAAUAUUGAAGAAGCCAUGGAUGAAUCAUUGAAGUCUAGUGAAAGCGGUUUAGCAAAUUCCUGGCUCCAAAAAAUCAACCCGUUCGCCAAAAAAAGCAACCCUUAGACCAAAUAUUUGUUGUAGAAUUUUCGUUAAUAAAACCCUAAUUAUUAUUGGUACAAUUUUUAUUUCAAUUAAUUAAUCCACAGUCAAAUUCCUUUCUUCCUCUUCCAGUCAUUUAAAAACAAAACUUAACCAAUCAGUUAUCACAGAAAUUUGACUUAAAAAAUAACAAUAAUAUAAUAAUAUACAUAAUUUGUAGCUUAUUUAAAAUACUAUUUUGGUUAUUUUUUCUCACUAGGUUAAAAUAGGUUUUUUUUUCUUCAGUCGAUAAAAGGGUUUAUUAUUACACACUACAUUUUAAGCUACCACUAGGGGCUCGUCGUCAGCAAAACCCACAAUUCUCGGACUUUCUUCUUCUUCUAGGCCAUUGUCGUCAAAUGUGGCCGCUCCUGACCUGGAACUGUAGUGAGAGUUGGCGAAACGUACAAAACUGUUGUGGAGACUGAAAAAAAAAAAACUAAAAACGCUACGACUCCAAUCAAUGUAACAACGACGAGUAAGCUGGGUACAAUAAUUGCGGGCAAGUUGACUGAACUUUCUUGCACCAAUUUUGCACUGACUUUACUCUGAGUCGCCGAUAAUCUGGAAAUGAAUCCUUUCGCAGUUUUAAUGCGGACAGCAAAUGUGUAUGUGGUGCUGGAGUCGUUUGUAUACAAAAACGGCGGGUAAUCCACAAUAAACUUCUGUGCAGAGUUUUCUUCCAAUUUGGAACCGUCUUGCACGAGGACUUCGUAGGAAAACGUUCCAGUGGGUUUGAUGUCGUGUUCGCUCCAAUACACAAAGAAACUGCCGUUAUUUUCUGGAAGUACCCGAACUUCGAGUGGUGGGUAAAUAGGAGGCGCUGUAUAAGUGACAGCCUCGCUGGGAGUUGCAUUGAAAACGCCCGUCAUUACUGUAAUGGUAUACACACCGCCGUUUUCUACGUCUACAGUGUGAGUCAGUUUUUUGUUGACUGAAGUGUGCCAGGUUUGGUGACGAGUUUGUUCUGUUAUGGUAACCUAAAAUAA